GGUUGCUCUCGCCAAGAAGUCGUUCCUAGUUUCCUAUCUAGAUCGUCCCAAGUUUCCAGUUUUGUUUUGAUUGCAUGUGAUUCAGCUCUCGAUAUCUUCUUUCUCUCUUUCUUUGGUUGACGAUUAAGCGACUGAAUCCAUCACUAAAGGCUGUAAAAUCAUGGCUUCCUUCAGCAGUGUGUCUAAAAAUAGCUUCACAUGUUCCAUAUGUCUGGACGUGUUCACUGACCCUGUAACCACUUCCUGUGGCCACAACUUCUGCAUGGUCUGCAUCAGGAGCCACAGAGACCACAGUCCAUGCCCAAGGUGUCCACUGUGUGGGAGGGAAUUGGACUCAAAACAAGAUCUUAACAUAAACAGAACCAUUAAAGAAAUUGCAGAGGACAUCAAAAGGAAACGUGUCCAGGGGGAGCCUCAAGUGUCCUGUGACAGUUGCCCACAGAAAAAAAUGCGGUUUGCUAUUAAGUCAUGCUUACACUGUGGAACAUCUUUCUGCGAGUCUCACUUGGAGCCCCAUAAAACUGCAGAAAAACUCAGGAAACACAAACUAAUUAACCCUGUGAAGAAUCUUGAAGAACACAUUUGCAAGAAUCAUGAAAGACCUCUGGAUCUUUACUGUAGAGAUGAUCAGACGGCCAUCUGUCAGUUCUGCACCGAGAGUGACCACAAGACUCAUAAUACUGUUCCUCUGGAGAAGGAGAGUUCGAAAUUGCUGAUGAAUAAAAAGAGUGUGGUGCAGCAGAAAAUUCAGGACAAGUUGCGGAAGAUAAAAGAAAUUAAACAUUCUUUGAGGUUUAACAAACAAGCCAAUGAGAAGGAGACUGAAGAGAACAUCAAGUUUUUUAAGGACGUUUUUGACAGAAGCAAUACGGAGUUACUUGAGCUCACAGAGAAAAAUCAUAAAGAAACAGAAAGACGAGGAGAACAGCUCAUCAGAGAGCUAGAUGAAGAGAUCGUGGAGCUAAAGAAAAGACAAACUGAGCUGGAGAAGCUGUCGCGUCCAAUGGAUUUUACACAAAUUAUUAGCCUCCUGCGAAACCCCAAAUAUACCAGCCGCUCGAAAACCAUCAGCAUUAGCACUCUUGAACAUGGAGGUAUUCUGAGGAAGACCAUAUCUAAUCUUCAGAGCAUCCUGGAUGAGAAAAUGAGAGAAACUGUUGGCAGAGAGCUGCGGAGUAUAAAACAUUAUGCAGUGGAUGUGACACUUGACCCUGACACGGCUCAUCCUGAGCUCAUGCUGUCUGACGAUGGGAAAAAAGUUUGGAAUACAGGCAAGUCAAAGAAGAUUCCUGACACCCCAAAAAGGUUUGAUUUUUGCUCAUGUGUCUUAGGAAAGGAGGGGUUCUCCUCACAGAAAUUUUACUAUGAGGUUCAAGUCAGUGGUAUGGAGUGGGAUUUAGGUGUGGCAGAAGAAUCCAUUGAAAGAAAAGGGGAAAUUGGGCUCACCCCAGAGAAAGGAUAUUGGACUAUAUGGCUGAGGAACAGGGAUGAGUAUGCAGCGAAUGAUUGCACCCCUGUCCCUCUCACCUUGAGAGAGAAGCCAGUGAAAGUGGGAGUGUUUGUGGAUUUUGAGGAGGGUUUGGUCUCUUUUUAUGAUGUUGAAGCCAGGUAUCAUAUCUAUUCUUUCACUGGACAGUCUUUUCCUGGAAAGCUCUAUCCGUAUUUCAUGUCUGAAGAAUGUGAGAAUGGGCAGAACUCCGAUCCUCUGAUCAUUACACCUGUUGACUCAGUCGAAUAAAUCAUUUUUUAAAAGAACUGUUCAAAUGAAUUGUUAUGAGUCUUUGCAGUCUUAACCCUCUCAGACCUAAAUGAUGUUA